UCACCUUGGGAAGCCGCGGGCGGCGGGGCCGGGCGCGGGGCUGCGAUAGGACGGGCCACGUGCGGCGGGGCCCGUGGUGUGAACAUUAACCGGCCGCAGCCCGGCCGCGGGGGCUCGGCGCGCGGGGCACCAUGGCCACGGCCAACGACAGGGCCGUCCUGCAGACCAUCUUCAACCCCAGCACCCCCUUCGGGGAUAUCCCCGGCCUGGACGAGGAGGAGGAGGAGGAGGACGCCCAGGAGGAAGGGGACGGCUUCGCGCCGGAGCUGCUGGAGCAGGUGCGGGACCUGGAGCUGCAGGGCGUCUCCGCUGCCGAGUCGGGGGACGUGAGCGCGGCGCUGGAGCGGUUCGGGGAGGCCAUCCGCCUGCUGCCCGAGCGCGCCUCCGCCUACAACAACCGCGCCCAGGCCCUGCGCCUGCGGGGGGACGUGGCAGGCGCCCUGCGGGACCUGGACACAGCCAUUCGCCUGAGCCGGGGCUGCGGCCGCGCCGCCUGCCAGAGCUUCGUGCAGCGCGGGCUCAUCCACCGGCUGCAGGCGCGGGACGAGGAGGCCCGGCGGGACUUCGAGCGAGCGGCGCGGCUGGGCAGCGGCUUCGCCCGGCGGCAGCUGGUGCUGCUCAACCCCUACUCGGCCCUCUGCAACCAGAUGCUCUGCGAGAUGCUGGGGCGGCUGCGCAACCCCGGCGGCGCCAGCGGCGAGUGAGAGGGGCAGGGGCCGGGCAGAGCCGAGCUGCCAGGCCCAGGCGGGCACAUCCCGGCCACCGCAGCGGGGCCCCGUUCCUCCUCGUGGCUGACAGCCAGGGACGGGAAGUACCAAAGCGCUCUGGCUUUGGCUCCGCUCCACCCCCAAUAAACCUCCCUGUGUCCCUGGCACUUGGGCUCAGCGUGC